AAAAAGCGGAGUGGAGCGGACAUCAUUCCUCCGGCAGCGUCUUCCGAGCAGACACGAAGAGGACGAGACAAGCAGAGACAACACUCACUAACAGGAAUAUACCGUCCACGUUCAAAUCAAACAAUGGCCGACACCGCUGUUACCAAGACCGCCGCCCCUGAGGUUACAGCCAAGGAGCUGAAGGAGAAGAAAGAAGUCAAAGUGGUGGAGGAGGAGAAGGAGGAAGAGAAGACGAAGAAGACGGACAACGGGGACGCACCUGCCAAUGGAACAAAUGGAGCUGCUCACAGUGACAAAGUGAAGGAACCAAAAGAAGUGGAGGAGGAGGAUGAUGAUGAUGAUGAGGAGGAGGAGGAAGAAGAAGAGGAACACAAAAAUGGAGAUGCCAAAGCAGAAGAGGCGCCCCCUGCUGAGAAGACCGAUGCACAGCCUGUGAAGCGUGCAGCUGAUGAGAAGGAGGAAAAGGUGGAGACUAAAAAACAGAAGACGGAGGAAAAUGGCGACUCAAAAGAAGCAGAAGUGAAGGCUUAGAUUUUCGCUCUGUGUUUGCGGCACUGUCUUACCGGCCUGGUCAACAUCGCGUUGUAGAGCUUGUGCUUCUCUGUAUCUAUGAGAGAGAUUUCUUUUCGUUUGCUCCCAUGUUAUCACAUUGCACUGGAGUCCUGAAACAUAGUGGCCCUGCAUCAUUUUUUAUGAAAUGUUAUUUAUUGGUCUUUAAAAUGAGCUUUUUUUCUACUUGUAAAAUUGGGCCACACCAUGAGAUCAGUUCUUUUUUAUUUUGAGGUUUUAUAUCAGUAUGUGAGAAGCACAAUCUCUGUCAGUGCUGACCAGAUGAUUCAUACAUUCAGGCAGCUGCUCACCUCCAAGGCUCAUGUUGACCUCUCAGAUUCACAUAAAGGACCAAAGAUGAGUUUUAAGCAGGGGCUAAUGGACACUUGUUAGCAUUAUUAGUUGAGGCAUACUAUUUUUGUGUUGAGCUGCUAAUUAAUCCUUAGCUCGGCUGCCCUGUCAACACAACAGAUGGUGCAAAUGAAUAAAGGGGCUGUGUCUUGCACCUCCAUGAUAAGGCUGCUUGUUUUAUGGAGGCAGGAGUUUUGCAAUGUUAAUUAACCCCUCUUAAAUCUUCAAGCUUUGGUCAUUGUUCUGUAUGCAUUCCACGCAAGUUUGUACCAUUUAUACUUUGUUUUUUCUUACAUCUUCAACGAGUUAUGUUAUGGCUGAGUAUCCCAGUUUUUGUGUCCAGGACUGCCUUUUUCAGAAACAGAAUGACAUUUGGUUACUUCAGCCACUGCUUUGUAUAUUCUGAUUAACAAAUAAAUUGUCUUUUUACUUAAGUAAA